AUGCCCAACUCUUCCGCCAAGAAUCGGCCGGACGAUUUUGCCUAUACGUUGGCUAUUGGAGACUCUAUUACCGCGGGAGCGUUCAGCCGAGGUCUACAGGCCAACCCAUUUCUCAGCUUGAGCGAAUGGAGAGGUCAAUCAUAUGCAGCCGGCAUGGAUGAUGGUGCUUUAACUAUCCCAAAUCUUAUCCGACACUAUAACCCAAAGGCUACCGGCGGAAGUAAAGGAAGCAACAUUUUCCCCGAAGUUUGCUUCGGAUGGAACCCUGCUGUCGACCAGCUGAACGCUGCGCAGACUGGCGCACUCGCCAGUAACCUCCCGCAUGAAGUCAAGGAUUAUCUCAUUCCACAAGUCAAGAAAUGGAACUUACCCAAUAAAAAGUUCAAGUACAUCAACCUUCAGAUCGGAUCCAAUGACCUGUGCUGGCUAUGCGCACAGGCGACUAUUGGUAUUGGACCAGAGAUGAUCCGCAAGGCCAUACCAAACUCACUUGUCAAUUUGCUCGCUGUAUUCAAGGUAUCGGACAUUUUCGAGCUGACAAAAAAUCAACCAUAUUGCUCCAAACUCCUGACUUCUCUGCCUCAUAAGAACAUCGAAUGCGCUUGCUCGUUACUUGAUGGUAAUAUUGGAGAGACAACACGAAAACUCAUGGACCAACUCAAAGACCAAUACAACGACGCCCUGAUUCGCAUCGCCACUGACUAUCAGAAACAACGCUACCCUGACUUUGCGGUCGUAUGGCAACCAGAAAUCAUUUCCCUAGGAGGCUACCCUAUCCAAGCGCUCAGCGAUGUCGAUUGCUUCCACCCGUCUCUCAAAUCUCACGAGCUGCUGGCAGCAAACAUCUGGAACCGAAUGGUUGGGACGAAAGAAGAGAAGAAGGAACCGGUUGCAUGGACUACCUCCCCUCAAAUUCGAUGCCUCAAGGAAGAUGACCGCAUACUCACCAAUACCCUGCUCUGA